GCCCGCGGGAGGGGGGGUGGAUUGAGUGCGAGCCACUCGUGCUAUAGGAGCGCGGGGGUCGUUUCUAGGGGUGUGUGUAUAUAUGUGACGUAUUUGCGAAGCUUCCCCUGAUAGCAUCUGGGAAACGGCAGGUGGAAAUUAAAAAUAAGACACCAUGAAAGAUACAGAAAUAAAGAGACUGCUGACUGCUAAUGUCAUCUGUAUCUUUUCUGUUAUUGUAACUACUAUUGUUCCUUCUCUGUUCUUGAAUAAUUUCUCAAUCCUGGACACACACUUGACAUGGCUAUGCAUCUGUUCAGCUAGCGUUGGUAUUAUAAAUAUAAUUGCACAUAUGAUUUUUAAGCCAUAUUUAUCUACAAGAAGAUAUUCUCUUGUUCACAAGGCAACAAGAUUUGUAAAAUGCUGUGUAUACUUCUUCAUAUCUUGUAUCCUCUUCCAUGGAAUUAUUGUUCUUUACGGAGCACCAUUACUAGAAUCAGUCUGGGAGACCUUCUUAUUUGCAGUUCUUUUAUCCACCUUUACAACUUUGCCCUGCUUAUGUUUGCUGGGUCCAAACUUUCAAAUGUGGCUGAGAGUGUUCAGUAAAAAUGGGGCUAUGUCUAUCUGGGAUAACAAUCUCCAGAUUACCACAAUAUGCAGUGUGGUGGGAGCCUGGCUUGGAGCAUUUCCUAUUCCACUGGAUUGGGACCGUCCAUGGCAGGUGUGGCCCAUUUCCUGUUCACUUGGAGCCACCUUUGGCUACGUGGCUGGUCUCCUUAUUGCAUCUUUGUGGCUAUAUUGGAAUAGGAAGCAGCUUACAUACAAAAGCAGAUAACUGGCGCAAGGAGGAAAGGCAUUUUGAUUGUGAGAUCCUAUGAAGAUUGCACAGGGCUAUGGUCAAAGCAAAAGGCUUUCCAAAUCUUUUCAGGGCAUUGUUGGGCUUUACUCUUCUUCUUCUUUUUUUUUUACAGCAUGGUCAACAUGCACUGGCAAUGCGAUCAUACAUUUGUUGUAUGUCCUAAACUACAUUUCCCCUGAGAGAUUGUACAUUCCUUCCCAUAUGAAUAAAAUCUUCACAGUAGA